AUGCAUUGUCGACUUCAACUCGCUCUCGUUGCGUUCCUGGCCUUCAUCAGUUGCAGAGCCAUUACGGGUACGACAACAGACUCGAGCAUCCUGACCACUCCGGGAGAUGUUGGAAUCGAAGAUGUACCAAAGAUAAUCAAGUCCCAUAAAGCGACAACGGAGCCGCCGAGUUCGCCCCGUACUGUAGCACUUGCUGAACUUCGGACGACUUUCAACCAGGACGUGGUCUACGCGACUCCUGCUACUGCCAAGAGCACGGUCCAGUCGACGUACCGCAAUUGGGUCGGUCCGUGGAAAAUGUCACGGGAUACGGCUUGCUACCGUCGGAGUCACAUCAUGGACAAGUGCCCGAGAAAUUUCGACCGCAAUGGCUUGACAAACACUUGCUGGGCGGAAUGUCCGUUAGAGUACCCGGUCGAGUGUGGCAUGGAAUGCAUCCGACAAAGUGACGACUGUGGCAUUGAAGUAGCCAGCAAGGUCUCUGCUGUCGCCAUGACGGUCUUCAGCACGGCCACGUUUGGCGUCUUUGGCGAGCUCGCAAAGAUUGGAAAGACCCUGUCGUGGGCGGUCCGGUGCUCGAAUUCCAUGAUGCUCGUCAUGCGAGGCAUCACUCGAUACAUUCGCACUAUGAAAGCGGAAGACCCGCAAGCGUCGGAUCGAAAAGUGCUCAUUGCGCUCUGCCAGACAGGUACAGUCGUGACCGACUUGCCGAUUGCCAUCACCGUCUGCAUGAAAAAAGCAGUGCCGCCGAACCUUCGGUUUUCACAGUACGUGAUGGGUACAGCAGCAUGGGCACUCAUGCAAGCCCUCGCCCAUAACGAGACGAUCAUUUCCAGUUGGCAGAAGUUCCAAGCGUUCCUCAAAGGAGCCAACUUCACGGAAGCUGCGGACAAGAUCACGGACGGCGAGAUCUCAUCACUGGAGACAGCGAUGAAGCAGGACUCGAGCUGUGGAGGGGACCUCAUGUCGCUCACGGGACGGAUCUGGUCAACCAUGAGCGAGUACCGGACCAAGUUCCCCGGCAUUUCCGAAGACGACAUGCGGCUCAAGAUCAGUAACUCGCACCUCGUUCGGCACGACGUGCCCACGGUAACCAACAACUGCAUGCACCAAAUGAUAUCGGAAUCGACUUUACCUACUGCUUACCAAACUCGCGACACGCUACGCAAAACCAUUGGCGUCAUUAUCAAUGACCUCAUUGACUCAAAGACGAGCGACAAUGGGACGUCGUACGACGAUAAACAGCGAGCGUAUAGGGCCAUUGACAUGAGCUUUUCGACUCUCGCCGCAACGUUGAUCGAUCCCACUCGCAUUACGCUACUGGUUUCCGAGUACAUCCAGACAAUUUGUGGCCCAACUGAGUUCUUGGGCGAGAUCGAUGACGGCAGGGAAGCUGCUACCCUUGGCUUGAAUACAAUCGGGGAUGCUUUCCGAGGCAGUACGAGCUCCUGGACGAAAAAGGGUGACGGCGCAGUCAUUAUAAACUUCAAAAGCACCGACAAGAAGGAUGUGACCGUGAAUAUAAGGUCCGGUGGCGACAAGAUUGCCAAGGUGGACGUCAAAGCUGGUGGCACUGCUCAAUGGAAGUCAAACAUCCAACAGUUAGGGGGUAAGGCGUUGUACUUCGACCGUUGGCGUCCAGGUUGGUUUGGCCUUCCGGGUACUGGUGGUGGCUCCUUUGUGAUCUGGGUACCAACAGCAUCGCAGGGCGGUCAUUUAGAGAUUGCAGCGAAACUCCACGUGAGCUAG